AUGGAGCGGGAGGGCGGCGGCCCGGGGCCCCCCGCGCCCCACGAGCCCAUCAGCUUCGGCAUCGAUCAGAUCCUGGGCGGCCCCGAGCCCACGGGGCCGCACCGGGCGGCGGCAGAGCCCGACUACGGGCUCUACGGCAGCGGCUACGGCCCCACCGGUCCGCUCGGCUCCUACAACCUCAACAUGAGCAUGAACGUGAGCGUGAACGUGACCCCCGCGCCCGCCGCGCCGCCCGCCGGAGUCAUCCGCGUCCCGGCGCACCGGCCCGCGCCCGCCGCGCCGCCCGCCGCGCCCGCCGCGCCGCCGCCGGGGCCCGCGCUGCCGGGGCUCACCUUCCCGUGGAUGGAGACCACGCGGCGCAUCGCCAAGGACCGGCUCUCAGCCGCGCUGUCGCCCUUCGCGGUGACGCGGCGCAUCGGGCACCCGUACCAGAACCGGACGCCGCCCAAGCGCAAGAAGCCGCGCACGUCCUUCUCCCGGGUGCAGAUCUGCGAGCUGGAGAAGCGCUUCCACCGCCAGAAGUACCUGGCCUCGGCCGAGCGCGCCACCCUGGCCAAGGCCCUCAAGAUGACGGACGCCCAGGUCAAGACCUGGUUCCAGAACCGCCGCACCAAGUGGAGGCGGCAGACGGCGGAGGAGCGCGAGGCCGAGCGGCAGCAGGCCAACCGGCUGAUGCUGCACCUGCAGCAGGAGGCCUUCCAGAAGAGCCUGGCCCAGCCGCUGCCCCAGGACCCGCUGUGCAUGCACAACUCCUCCCUCUACGCCCUGCAGAACCUCCAGCCCUGGGCCGAGGACAACAAGGUGACGUCGGUCUCCGGGGUGGCCUCUGUGGUGUGAGGGCGCUGCCGAUGUGCCGGGAAGGUGGCACCGGGAGCCCGGUGGGCUCUGAGCCUGGAGCGUGGCAGGGAAAGGGCUGCAGCUUCCUGAGAGAGAGCCCCGCACUGGCAGCCCCCUCCCUGCCAUGGGGAGCCCCCCGGGAGUGAGGCCGUGCCCCUGUGGUUGGACUCAAAGCUUCAGCAAACCCCACCUGGAGCACUGCUGUGGGCAGCCCCCUGCCUGGACCCCCAGGAGCCCAGGGAUGGACCCUCAAUGUCCUAU